AUGAAAAUAAGAACAAAAUCUGAUCAGGAGGAAUGCUUUAUAACAGGUUGUGUUGUUCUUUCCACUAUCAAACAUGUAGCGGCUGACUUUACCAACGCGAAAGUAAAAGUUGUUGACAUACAAAAUAAAGAUGUAAUAGAAGAGACAACACUUUCUUCUCGUCCAUGGGACAUUGCAGUAGUGCCUCAGGACCAUAUUGCUGUUACAAUACCAGACAAGAAAGAGAUCCUUAUAAUGACAACAGCUGGUAAACUGUCAACUGUCCGCAAGUUUCCAGUUAAAGGAGAUUGUAGAGGCAUAACUUGUCAUCAAGGUCAUCUCUAUAUAGUAUGCAUUUAUCCGAAGUGUGUAUUUAUUACAGAUACACAUGGUAACGUCCAGAACACGAUUCAACUGGAUAAUAAGACAUUCGUCACACCAUACUACUUAAUGCUUAGUAAGGAUCUGAGACAUAUCUUUAUCAGCGACGACGGCAGCAACAGUGUCGUCAGUAUAACAUUACAAGGCGAUAUAUCUGCUGAAUACAAAAACACCGACUUUAAAAAGCCACGGAGAAUGAUAGUGCUAGACGAUGGAUCCUUGCUGGUGUGCAGCGGUUGGGAAAAUGGCAUCAUACAUAGUAUCUCGGGUGAUUUGAAGCAAUGUCACACAAUGUUAGAUGCUCUGUCGUACCCACUGUCUAUCUGCUAUAAUCAUGAUCAACAUGAGGUCUAUGUUGGAUGUUGGGGUGAUCAGAUGAUUCUGUUGAGUGCAGAAUACAGUGUUUAA